AUGGAAGAUGGAGAUGGGAGAUGGGCAGAUGAUCGUGUAGUUGGAGUUCGAGUUGAUGGGUUAGGUAGGUAUUGGGCGGAUGAUGAGGAUGAUGAGGAUGAUGAGGAUGAUGAGGAUGAUGAGGAUGAUGAGGAUGAUGAGGAUGAUGAGGAUGAUGAGGAUGAUGAGGAUGAUGAGGAUGAUGAGGAUGAUGAGGAUGAUGAGGAUGAUGAGGAUGAUGAGGAUGAUGAGGAUGAUGAGGAUGAUGAGGAUGAUGAGGAUGAUGAGGAUGAUGAUAGAUGGGAUUGGAAAUCCGAAUAUGACAUGCAUAUGUUGGAUAUAAGAUAUAAAAUGUGA